AUGACUUGUUCGGGAGAUAUACCGCCAUCAUGCUGCACUAAACUCUAAAGCCACGUACUGAUGACCUACCGUUGCACGCGAUAACCUGAAAAUCAGAUAAGGGGGCGUAUCUUCGUUGUGAGCUUCGUUUCUUGGAGCCCAGACUCUAGUCAGUGCCUACCUCAAUCUCAACCUUAAAAUGGUUUCGGGCCCUUAUAUCUUGCUGCAUGUAAAGAUAUACCUAGUAUUAUCUGUCGCCUACUGCAAUCACCUUCUCUAUAUACGUCCCAACUCACCCGCUAGUGAGCAGGAACGACAAGAUCAUGAUAGGCGUAGGAGGCAUCUGAAUUUCCUCUCAAAUCUUGGGCUCUCGCUUACGACACUUUGGGUGGCCGCUGUCUAUUUUGUGGCCCUAUGCGAUGUCUAUAUCACGUCGUGCCAAUUACUCCCAGCCCUCAUUAUUCCGCCUGUGUAUUCUUCUAUUACAUCCGGGACCGGUGUAGUUCGGCUGACACCUACCUUCUUGAUCGGAUGCGCCAUGGUAUACGCUGGAACAUACCUCCGACUCUUGUGUUUCCGGACGCUAGGCAAAUUCUUUACCUUCGAACUCGCCAUUCGCAAAGAUCACAAGCUCUGUACGAGUGGCCCAUACGCCGUCGUCAGACAUCCAAGCUACACAGCCAUUUUGGGCGUAUCUGCCGGGCUCUCGAUAUGCUAUUUUUCCGACGGGUCUGUUUGGGCUGCGCGUAAAGUUGGAGAGACUUCGGUCGGAAGGGCGGUGGAGUAUUUCUGGAUCGCGGUGCAGAUUUUGACAGUCCCUACAAUGUUCACCAGGAUGAAGAGUGAGGAUAUGGUCUUGAAGGAGAAUUUCGGAGAUGAGUGGGUUAUGUGGUGUAAGAAAACGCCUUAUAAAUUAAUCCCGGAUGUGUACUGACGAGGCACUGAGUGUAAGUAACUGAGAAGUAUGGGAAUAGAAAAGAUAAUUGAGUCUUGAACGACGU